CUCGGGUCCCAACAGAAGCAGCCCCCGUGGAAAAUGGAAUUCAACCUCGUUGGCUGAACUACCUCUGCUGGUGGUACUCAAUUGAUUCGAAGCUAUCCAAAAUUCCAAAAAAUGGCGGUGGCCGUCGCCCUUAGGAACCUCCCUCUCCGGCCCGUGGCCACGAGUAGAUCAUCUCGCUUUCGAACCUACAAUUUUCCCUCUAGUUCUGCCAGCUUCUUCUCAAAGUCACUUUUCCCCGUCUCUUCUCCGCCGCUCUACUUAGAGCGCUUCCCUUCCCUUCGACUUCCUAGAGCUACCGGGGAAUUCGAUCAGGUUGGUGGUAGAGGAAAACAUAGUUUCCAGGAUUCAGCUUUUCAAAAGACAGCUAACUGGACCCAGCCGUUGUUGGACUUUGUCACAACCAACUUUCUUCCUCUUGCUCUUCUAAGUGGGAUAGCUCUUGGACUUGCAAAUCCAACUCUUGGCUGUGUUGCACACAAGUUCUCGUUGUCUAAAUUUAGUACUUUUGGUAUAUUUUUUCUUUCGGGGAUUAUGUUGCGCAGUAGAGAGCUUGGUGCAGCUGUAGAAGCUUGGCCUGCAGGGCUUUUUGGUCUAGGCUCAAUUUUGUUGCUAACUCCAUUUUUCUCAAGGCUUGUUCUACAAAUUCAGCUGGCACCUUAUGAAUUGAUCACUGGAUUGGCUGCCUUUUGUUGCAUGCCGACUACCUUAUCAAGUGGAGUUGCUUUGACACAGCUUGUUGGUGGAAAUACUGCUUUGGCUCUUGCAAUGACAGUGCUCUCUAAUUUGCUAGGUAUUCUUAUUGUCCCAUUUUCACUUUCAAAGUUGAUAGGAGCAGGAACUGGGAUAUCCGUGCCUACUGAACAGUUAUUUAAGAGCCUUGUUAUGACACUUUUGGUUCCACUCAUUGUAGGAAAGGUCCUUCGUGAUUCAUCAGAAAGCAUGGCAGAAUUUGUUGAUCGGAAUCGCCAAUCUUUGUCCAUGUUAAGUGCCGUGCUUCUUAGUCUCGUGCCAUGGAUGCAAGUGAGCAGGUCCAGACCUCUGCUUUUGACAGUUAAGCCUGCAGUGUUUGCUACUGCAGUGGGCAUGGCAACGCUCCUACAUUUUUUGUUAUUGGCAUUCAACAUCAUUUCAGUGAAGAGCCUCUCAGUUGUUUCUGGUGGUGACAAGUCCAUUUUCUCAAAGAAUGAAAAUGCUCGUGCAGUCAUAAUAGUUUCUAGUCAGAAAACUCUUCCUGUAUUGGUUGCUGUGGUCGAACAGCUCCACGGAGCACUAGGCGAGCCUGGACUUUUGGUCCUACCCUGCGUUGCUGCGCAUAUUAUUCAGAUUAUCAUUGAUUCGUUUAUUGUAAACCUAUGGCUGAGGAAGGAUCAAAUGUCUGCUGCGACAAAAGAAGUUUAGAGCCUUCAUAACUACUACAAAAAUUGAUCUGCAUACUAAAACUGAUUGCCUUGAUUUUUUAAGCUCAUACUUCUUUUAGAUGACCUUUGUUAACGUUGUCAGGCUGUGCGUUGUUUAUGAUUACUUUGUAUGAAUGUUUAUGCCUAAAUCCUCAUCUCCAACAUAUACUUAUUGGUUUGCGUUGGUAGACGGGUUUCAAACGUCACAUGAACCAAUUAGUAAUUUAUUUAUUUAUA